GGAAAGGCGUUGGUUAGCCAUAAGCAGCGUUUCCUUUUUCCUGACGUGUUCGCACCAUACUGACAAACUCUUCAACUUGAAUUGCUUCUGCAGUUUAGUCAGUUUCUAUCCUGCCAACCUAGCACACAACACCUUCGUGGAUUAAGAAGAGUCACUCAAAAGCAAGUCUACAGAAAAAAAUGAGUUGGGAUAGCUAUAUUGAUAAUCUUAUCGCCCAGACCAAAGAUGCUAGUGGUACAGCGCAUGCUGAUAAGGCAUGUAUUAUUGGGUUAGAUGGUGGUGCAGCCUGGACAACAGCUGGUCAUGCAAAUGCAUUAAAGCUUCAAGGAUCCGAGGGUGCAAAUAUUGCCAAAGCAUUUAAGGCCAAAGAUUUCACUUCAUUUCAGGCUGGUGGAGUUUGGGCUGAAGGAGUGAAAUAUCAAUUUUUGCGAGAAGAAGAUGGUAAACUUGUCGCUGCUAAAAAGAAAGAUCAAGGUGCCUUAACUCUUCAAGCUAGCAAAACAGCCAUUGUUAUUGGUCACACAGCUGAAGGAUGUCAACAAGGAAAUACAAAUAAAGGCGUGGCUGUGAUUGCUGAAUAUCUAGAAAGCUUAGGAAUGUGAUGAUACAAAACCUUUGAACAUAGCUUUGUUAAAAAUUUGAUUAUUUGCAUUGAAGACAUAUUUCCCAUUUCUUAUGGUGAACUUUGCUCAUUAGACUUUUCUCCUUAUUUUGAUUUGUAAAUGUAUAAAAUUGAACUAGAUCAAUUCAAAUUGGUAGCACAACUGAAGUGUCUUAUCAUUUUGACAGUACCACACAGCUUCAUUUAUCACGAGCAAUGCAGGAAGUUUAGUUCUAUUCUCCUGUUUAAAUGUUAAAUGAUUCUGUUUUACUCUUAUAAGUUGGUCGCAAAUGGUUCAAAACUGAAGAAUGUAAUUUUGAUAAAAUAAAAAUACUUUUGAAA